AGGAUGACAGCUGAGCGGGUCCUGAAGGUGGAGCAGCGCAACCUCUUGCUUUAACCACAUUUCUCCCAAAGUGCUGCCUUCCUCCGGAGCUGCGGGACGUCUCACCGCGGGUCGCUGUCAGUCUCACCCCGCUGGAGCUGCUGUCUGUCCUGAGACACAGCACUAAACAGUUGGUAACGACUGCGGAUAUUUUUCGUGGCUCUUUUACGUGGAGAGAGCGGACCUUGCCUGGAUGUGUUAGCAGCAGCAGAGGCAGUAGUCUUGUCUUUUUCGCAUGGCGUAGGCACCUUUUCUCGGAGCAGGGUACUCUUGUCGUUGGGAGGGACGGAGAGCGCCCUAAACAUUAACUUGCAAACUUCAAACCCAAUGUUACGCGCAAGAACGACAUGAUUGUGCAAUAACAAGGAAGUGUGCUGGUGUGCUGGGAUACCACAGCUUAGACAGAUUCAUCGGGACAAACAUCCUCUGCGUUUGCCUGCUUCAAAGUCGACGAAAGACCAGAAAAAGAGGGAAUAUAUUUGUGUCCUUGUGUAGAGUGAGUGACUGGACAUAGAAACACCUUCAAAAUGACGGGCAGUACUCCAGCGGACAUGAUCAACCUGAGGCUUAUUCUUGUCAGUGGUAAAACAAAUGAAUUUCUCUUCUCCCCGAACCACUCGGCAGCAGACAUCGCAAAGCACGUGUAUGACCACUGGCCCAUGGACUGGGAGGAGGAGCAGGUGAGCAGUCCCAACAUCCUGCGGCUCAUCUUCCAGGGGCGCUUUCUCCACGGCAACGUCACACUAGGAGCUCUCAAACUGCCCUUGGGGAAGACCACAGUGAUGCAUUUAGUUGCCAGAGAGACUUUGCCCGAGCCAAAUUCCCAAGGUCAAAGAAAUCGUGAGAAAACUGGAGAGAGCAACUGCUGUGUCAUCCUGUAGAUUCACACCUCUUUGUCCUCCUCGUCCUGGGAUAGUUGCAAGCACGUCCCCCCGUCCCACCGCCUGUCCAUUACAACAAGAAGGAUACACAUUUGGACUUUCUUCUCUGUCUGCUCUGACAAGGAAACAUUGAGGUAGCAGGCAACAACCAGGACUUAUAAAGCUGAUUUAAACAAUAACAUUGAUUCCUUUUGUUGUACUUGAUGAUUAUUUGUCAGAAAGGAACUGGAUUUGCAUGUUAUGUUUUUGUUAUUUUGAAAUUUCUUAAUGUACACCUUGUUAAGCCUUCUGCUGCCAUACUGUUACAUACCAUUGAUUCAUUGACUCAUGUUGCUAUUCGUGGCCAGUCUUCUAGCAGUCAGUUUUUAGCUGGUUGUCAAAGUAAUGCAGUGCCGAAGUUUUGCGUGUGGCCUUGUCUUUUUUUAUGGCAAAGGAUUUUAACCACUAACACACACCAAUUCAUAUAAACAGACUCAAUUUUAUGGUCUGCACAUUUUGUGCUCCUUGGAGCAGACAAAACUGUGCCUGAUCCAGCUGACCAGGACACUUACAUUCAUAUACUAGUCUAAACUGUGUCCUGUCUGUUGCCCUCCUCUGCAUGUGCAAGUGAAGCGCACACUAUAGAUAAAUAAUUCUCCUUUUUUAUUUUUUGAGGGAAAGUUUUUUUUGUUUUGUUUUUUGUUUCUCAAUAUUUGAUCUAAACAAAGCCUAACAAAUAAACAAAUAGUGAUGUAUUUGUUUGUUCAAGACAUAUGUGACUGUGUUUUGACAGUCCAUGCAUAUAUUGCAUAUACUGUAUAUACAGUUAUAUAU